GAUUACCUCACAGACCGGCUACAAUGUCAAUCAGAGUACAACUUCCUUUUCAGAGCCUCUCUGGCCACCAGAUACAAACGAUAUCCAUUUCUGGCAGUGAAAACAUGAGCUACUGUUCGUCUUUUUCUCACCAUAUCACUUCCUCUUUCUCCCAAUUCUCCACGGUAUCGACGGGAGCCUCAGAGUGGUACCCUUCUGCUUACCAUAAUCCCGAUCUGCCAAGUGGCCACCCCUUGUCAAGUGGUGAAUCUCGAGGGUGCAGGAGGCUCUCAAGCAGAAAUUGCACAGCGAUCCAUGGAUCAGUGUCAGCAAGAGCGUCCGUUCGUCUCCAUCAGUCUGCAGCAUUAGAUUCGCUUGGGCCCACCAAGAAUGGAUUUUGGCAGGCUGCCACAGCCAUCCAUUCCGAUGCAAUUGGACAUGGCUGCUCUUCGGGGCUCUCGACCGCUUCUGUAAUUUUGUCGGUUGGAGAUGACACUCAAGGCAGGUGCCCAUUGAGGGACAUGUGCAGGGUGCUGCCGUCAGAUGGGCUUAGAAGACGACAGGCGCAGAAGGGAACCUCCUCAAAGAAGGCCUCAAGGAGCAGGAAGGCGGUAAACUCAGAGCGUCAUCGUGAUCAUCUGCGUGGUCUGCGUAUUGAAGCAAGAGAUUCAACAGCAUAUCCUUCUGCGUCGCCAUCCUCUACUCCUGUGGGAGUGAGCAUUGACAAUGCAGGAGGUGGUGCUGGCACUCAGGCAGUUGUAAAUGGAGGAGAAGUAGGUGUUCCUCCCCUUCCCACACGAGGAGGAGGAGGAGGGGGAGGAGGAGGAGGAGGAGGAGGAGCUUCGGGUUGUGUCAGAAUGCUCCCUCAUAACGACUUGACGUUGACUGCAUCCCUGUAUGAAGUGCGUAGAGGUGACUCCCUCUACUCCAUCGCUCUGCAGCAUGGAAUAACAAUGACCGCUCUCGCCAAAGCCAAUGGGUACAAGCUUGCAAGAGGGGUGCCUAUCAGCGUUGGUGAGGUACUGAAGAUACCACAGGGUGGUUUACCACUCACUCCACCAAAUCCUCCCUGCCGAAAUCUUCAGCUUCAGAAUGAAAGAAUGCGUGAUGCUGGUGGUGGUGGAGUGAGGGCGGCUGGGAAGCUGGAGAAGAACGCGGAGAAGCUUUCAUCCAAUGCAGAGAGGCCAGAGAACACUGAUCGUGUCUAUGUCGUGCAGCAUGGGGAUACCCUGACAUCCAUUGCAGAGAGGUAUGGGAUGAGUGUCGAAGCUUUGAUGUCAAAAGCCAGGAUCCAGCGGCGUGCAGGAGGUGCUGGCAGUCGCGGGUGGGAUGUAGGGGGUGCGUACAGCAGCAGUGACGCUGUUGUUUCUGCUGGUGGUGGUGACGGUGAUGGUGAUUCUCAACAUCCAAUACCAUCUCACAGAUCGUCCAGCAGGCGCUCACUGGUUGGAGACCCUAGCGCGGCCAUUGUGUCCGGAGCAGCUAUCAUAUCCGGCGAGAAUGUGCAGGAAGUCAGUGAUGAGUCGGCACGAGAAGAUGUCAGGGACAGCAGCGAUGUCUCUGCAAUGGCUGAUGGAGCGCCUUCUGGUGAUAGAGCGUCAGUAGAGAGCGAGGAGAGAGUUCUGAAGAGACGCUCCCGAUUCGUUUCUGCCGAUACUCGGCGCCAUGUGGGCAGCUCUUCCGCGUCCUCGAGGACAAUGCUCACUCCCUCCUCCUCUGCCACUGCUAAUUUAUCAUCCAUUCCUACACUUGCAGGGAUGGCAGCAGCUGUUAUCUUCCUGGCAGUGGUGAUCUUUCAGUACCGACCGACUAGGAAAACAAACAGUAAGUCGUCAACAGCUCAUCGGGUGGGAAAUCAGGUACAAAAAUACGGUAGUUAUGCAUCAUCAGGAACUCAAGACAAGGGGGGGGUGAGUACCGUGAAACCUGACGAGGUGUUUCCACUGGAAGUGCAGGGUGGAGUGGAUGGGGGAAGCAUCGGCCGCCGAGCAAUUGAAACAGAACGCCGUCCUGCGGCGAAGCCCAGCAAUCCAUGGUUACAGAGAGUGGCCAUGAGGACAAUGGCAAGAGCACGGGAGGCAGCAGCGCGGGCAUCAGCACAGGCAGCAGAGGAUAAGGUGAAGAGGGUGCGAGAGGCCGAAGAAAUUGCACGUGCAGUACAGCUUGCUGCAGAGGAGGCUGCAAGAAGAGCAGACGAGAGAGCAGAAGGCAGUAGGAAAUCUCUCCAUGCUGAUGAGCGGGAGUUACUUGUGGAUCACAGCAAACGCGGGGACCCAGAUGAAGGGUCGCUAAAAGCUGUGCGGCAAAGCAUCAAGAAGAGGGCGGCAGUGCUUGUCCUCCUACUUGUUGGAAUGUUAAUGUUGUUGUGGGAAUCGGAGAGUGGCGAGUUUCCCCCAGGGUACGCAGAACAUAUGGGUACAGUCAUACCGUGGCAUGAGAUUGAAGUCAACCCCGUUAUGAGCGGAGAUGGGAUAACAGAGAGCUUUCAUCAUCUGGGAAGUGACGUGUUUAAACUUUAAAAUCAAACGAAACGAUGGUGAUUUGUCUGCCAAGGGCUUCGGUGAAGCAUAGCGUUGAAGGCAACGAGUUUUCAGAGAUGUAUAUGGAGGGGAUUCAUUUUUUUUUGUCGUAUAUAGACGUUUGUUUAUGUAGAUGUAGACGAAGAGGAAAACCAUGAAGGGCAUGAAACAGCCGUAACUAGAUACAUGGUGGACUAAACAAGUAGAGAAGUCAGGAGAUUGGGUAAUCCCCUCACCGUGAGAGAGGGAGGGAAUAAUACUCCCGGGAGGGAGGAUUGAUGAAAAUGUCAGUGAUAUGAUAAAAUAUUUUGAGAUGU